AUGGCAAUGCCAAUACCAAAAAAGCUUUGGGAGCAUCCCAACCCCAAGGAAACAGAGAUGUAUCGGUUCAUGCAGAACGUCAACAAGAAACACAGUCUUGACUUGAAAACCUUCUGGGACUUGUACCAAUAUUCCAUAACCAAGCGUUCGGAAUUCCACUCCGAAGUAUUCAACUUCGUGCCUCUGAUCCACACUGGAUCGUUCAAACAGGCGGUGGACGAGACGAAGCCCAUUGACAGCGUUCCCCGAUGGUUCGAGGGGCUGCAAGUCAGUUUCGCCGAGAAUUUGCUUUGGAGCCGUUCCGUUGACGAUCCCAUUGAUCACCAUGGCAAUGUCGGCAAGGAAGACCGCAAAAUUGCUGUAACCGAAGUAAGAGAGGGUGUGAGCGAGACACGCCAGCUUACAUGGGUCAUGUACCGCAGUCUGACCGCCAAAUAUGCCGCUGCAAUGUACAAGGGAGGAGUAAGGAAGGGUGACCGAGUUGUGGUAAUUGCUGCAAACAGUAUCGAGACUCUGAUUCUCUUUACUGCGACGAGUUGGCUGGGCGCCAUAUUCAGCUCUGGCUCAACCGACAUGGGAACUCCGGGAAUCCUGCAAAGGACGGUACAAAUCAACCCACGGUAUAUUUUCAUGGAUGAUGCAACACUGUACAACGGCAAACGCGUCGACUUGCGGCAGAAGAUGGUUGAGAUCAUGGACGGGAUGAAAGACUGCGAUCAAUUUCAAGGACUCGUCUCCAUCCGCCGCUUUCAAUACGAACUAGACAUCAGCAACAUUCCAAGAACACAGACACUGCUCAAGUUCAUUGAUAAUAGUGGGCCCAUCCCACCCAUUGAACGGAUUGGAUUUCACGAGCCCUCCCUCCUCUGCUUCUCGUCUGGAACUACUGGCAUCCCCAAAGCCAUUGUGCACACCGUGGGAGGUAUCCUCAUCAACCACACGAAAGAGGGCGUGAUACACGAAGGUGUGAACAAGGAUACGGUUUCGCUGCAGUACACGACGACAGGAUGGAUCAUGUACCUAGCCAACGUUGGGCAGCUCCUCUCUGGUGCAAGGGCCGUCUUCUACGACGGCUCGCCCUUCCAGCCAGACCUUCAGACCUUCAUCAAGCUUAUUGGGGACCAGAAAGUCACGAGGUUGGGUAUUAGUCCCCGGUGGAUGCACGAAGUUGCCAAAGCUGGCAUCUUGCCGAGAGAGAUUACCGACCUCUCCAAGCUGCAGGUCGUCACAUGUACUGGCAUGGUUUUGUCUGAGCAGUUGUUUAAGUGGUUCUAUGAGAAAGGAUUUCCUGCUCAUACUCAUCUGGCCAAUAUGUCAGGCGGAACUGAUAUUGCUGGGUGCUUUGCCAUUGGAAAUCAACUGACACCCGUGUACCAGGGUGGCAUUCAGGGGCCGAGCCUAGGAACGGCCAUCGCCGUGUACGAUUCACUGCUGCCGAAUGGACCAGGAAAAGAGGUUCCGGAUGGAACGCCAGGAGAGCUAGUUGCCACCGCCGCAUUCCCCAGUGUUCCGGCCUUCUUGUGGGGGGACAAGCAUCCCCCUGGCGCCCCGGGGACAAAGCUUCACUCGUCGUACUUUGCCAGGUUCGAUCACGUCUGGGCUCACGGGGACUUUGUCGUCAUCCACCCCGUGACAAAGAACAUGACAUUCUUGGGUCGUGCAGACGGCGUGCUCAAUCCUUCGGGAGUGCGCUUUGGUUCGGCCGAGAUAUAUUCCGUUUUGGAGAGGCACUUCCCGGACCGGUUGGUGGACUCGAUUUGCGUGGGUCAACGGAGGCCGCAGGAUAACGACGAGAGUGUGAUGCUGUUCUGUCUGAUGAGGCCGGGGCAAAGAUUCAACAAGCAGCUGGUGUAUGAGAUUAAGGAGGCUAUCAAGAGGGAUUUGUCGAAAAGGCAUGUUCCGAAAUAUGUGUUCGAGACGCCGGAGAUCCCUACGACGGUCAACCUGAAGAAGGUCGAGCUUCCGGUCAAGCAGAUUGUGUCAGGGCAUAUCAUCAAGCCCAGUGGCACGCUGUUGAAUCCACAAAGUUUGGAUUACUACUACCAGUUUGCGAAAGAUGAGGUUUUAAGUGCUGGCAAGGAGAAACUGUGA